GAUCAUGACGUGCCACCCCUUUCCAGCAUUCUUAAUGGCUUCCAUCAUUCUCAUGCAGCCGGGCACCUUUGCUCAAGAGUUCCCCAUUCAGAGUCAACAUCAUCAUCAUGACCAAUAUUGGUACCAGACAGCAGUAGAUCAAAUCCCAGUGAUCAAUGGGGGCACCUGCAAAGUGAUUGCUGUCCGACGCUGCUGCAACCGCAACCAUAUUGAAGAACGGUCCCAAACCAUUCAGUGCUCCUGCCUCCAAGGGAAAGUGGCUGGGACAACCCGUGGCAAACCUUCUUGUGUGGAUACCUCCAUUGUGACAGGAAAGUGGUGGUGUGAUAUGGAGCCCUGCCAGGCUGAAGAGGAGUGCAAAGCCUUACCUGACAAUUCCGGCUGGAUGUGCUCACUGGGAAAUCGUGUCAAAACCACCAAGAUCCACCCCAGGAAUUAA